AUGGCGGACGCAGAACUCGAAGAGAUCAGGCGAGCUCGCCUUGCGCAGCUCCAGCAGCAGCAGGGUGGCCAGCGCGGAGGUCCUAGCCAAGAAGCUGGCCAGGAAGACCAGAGGAGGCAAGCUGAAUACUCGUCGCUUUGCUGCGGUCUCCCUCAAUAUAAUUUACGACUUCAUUAUGACCCAAACAACGAACUAACACCCACCGUGAUCACAGCCGACCGCCGUGCCGCCAUUAUGAACCAGAUCCUCGACCCCGCUGCUGCCGAUCGCCUCGGCCGCAUCCGCCUCGUCAAGGAGUCGCGUGCCGUCGAUAUCGAGCAACGGCUCAUGAUGCUUGCCCAGACCGGCCAGAUCCGCCAGAAGGUGACCGAGGAACAGUUGAAAGAGCUUCUGAACGCCGUGGCUGAGAACCAGCGCAAAGAGGAGGAGGAACACAAGAUUGUGAUCAGCCGGCGCAAAGGCGGCUGGGAUGACGAUGAUGAUCUGCUCGAUCUGUAA